AUGUCGUCCAAGGAUGCUCGCCCACGGGCGACUGACACCAAGAAGGUGCACAUCGCCGACACCAAGAUGACUCGCCAGAACUGGUACAAGCACGUCAACUGGCUCAACGUCGUGCUCAUCCUGGGUGUUCCUCUCUCCGGAUGUAUCCAAGCUUUCUGGGUGCCAUUGCAGUUGAAGACUGCCAUCUGGGCUGUCAUCUACUACUUCUUCACGGGUCUGGGAAUCACAGCUGGAUACCAUCGUCUCUGGGCUCACUGCUCCUACUCUGCCACUCUUCCCCUGCGUAUCUGGCUCGCCGCUGUUGGCGGUGGUGCCGUCGAAGGCUCCAUCCGCUGGUGGGCUCGGGACCACCGCGCUCACCACCGAUACACCGACACCGACAAGGACCCCUACUCCGUGCGUAAGGGUCUCAUGUACUCUCACCUCGGCUGGAUGGUCAUGAAGCAGAACCCCAAGCGAAUUGGCCGCACCGACAUUAGCGAUCUGAACGAAGACCCCGUCGUCGUCUGGCAGCACCGCAACUACCUCAAGGUCGUCCUCUUCAUGGGUCUCAUCGUUCCCAUGCUGGUUUCCGGUCUCGGAUGGGGUGACUGGUACGGUGGCUUCGUGUAUGCCGGUAUCCUCCGUAUCUUCUUCGUCCAGCAGGCCACUUUCUGCGUCAACUCCCUCGCUCACUGGCUCGGUGACCAACCCUUCGAUGACCGCAACUCUCCUCGUGACCACGUUAUCACUGCUCUGGUCACCCUCGGUGAGGGCUACCACAACUUCCACCACGAGUUCCCCUCCGACUACCGCAACGCCAUCGAAUGGCACCAGUACGACCCCACCAAGUGGACCAUCUGGACCUGCAAGCAGCUCGGUCUCGCCUUCGACCUGAAGCAGUUCCGCUCCAACGAAAUCGAGAAGGGUCGCGUCCAGCAGCUGCAGAAGAAGAUCGACCAGAAGCGCGCCAAGCUCGACUGGGGUACUCCCCUUGACCAGCUUCCCGUUCUGGAAUGGGAUGACUAUGUCGAGCAGACCAAGAACGGCCGUGGUCUCAUCUCCAUUGCUGGUGUCGUUCACGACGUGACUGAUUUCAUCAAGGACCACCCUGGUGGCAAGGCCAUGAUCAAGUCUGGACUCGGCAAGGACGCCACUGCCAUGUUCAACGGUGGUGUCUACUACCACUCCAACGGAGCUCACAACUUGCUCUCCACCAUGCGUGUCGGUGUCAUCCGUGGCGGUGGUGAGGUUGAGAUCUGGAAGCGUGCUCAGAAGGAGAACUCCGAGUACGUUCGUGACGAGACUGGUCAGCGUAUCAUUCGUGCUGGUAUGCAGGUGACUAAGAUCCCUGAGCCCAUCCCCACUGCGGAUGCUGCUUGA